UAAAGAAAAACACAAAGAAGAAGAAGAAGUGUUUACACGUCAGUCGGUCGGUGUCCGGUCGCUUACAUAUUUCCAGUAAAAAAAAGCCCAAAAGUAGUGAAAAAUCCCAUUUCCGGACUCCUUCAUCUCGAUCCUUUCGGAUCCGGCUGAUUUGCUGCAAGCAGAAACAUCGGAGGGCUGCUUUUACCAAACCUGCCGGCAACGCGACUACGUGUGCAGAACGCAACCCCUUGUCUGGCCUGCGUGUAUAUAGCCAAAAACAAACCAACCACCAGCGGACUGUUGGAAAGAUACGCGGAUCGGGCAAACCAGACGAGGAAGACCAUUCCUUGCCCAUAUUACACCAAAGCUGCCCCACGAUUGUACCUAGAACCUUGCAAGGGAGUGGAGUAAUUUGCAAAAAAUGAAUAUUUUCAGAUUGGCCGGCGAUUUGUCGCAUCUGCUUGCAAUAAUUUUGCUGUUGAUAAAGAUAUGGAAGACGAGAUCAUGCGCUGGCAUAUCGGGCAAAUCGCAGAUUCUCUUCGCCAUCGUCUACAUUAGUCGCUAUUUGGACCUGGUGACGACGUUCAUCAGCGUGUACAAUACCUUCAUGAAGCUGGUCUUCAUCAGUACCUCCGUGGCCACAAUUUAUCUGAUGUAUGUCAAGUUUAAAGCAACGUACGACCACAACCACGACUCUUUCCGCAUCGAGUUUCUGCUCGUGCCCUGCUUCCUGCUGGCCCUGUUGAUUAACAACGCGUUUACCCCACUGGAAAUCUUGUGGACCUUCUCCAUCUACCUGGAAGCGGUUGCCAUACUGCCCCAGCUGUUCCUGGUCAGCAAAACUGGCGAAGCGGAAAGCAUCACCAGCCAUUACCUGUUCGCCCUGGGAUCUUACCGUGCGCUAUAUCUGCUGAACUGGAUCUACCGAUACUACGCCGAGGGCCAUUACGAUCUGAUUGCCAUCUUCGCCGGCGCUAUCCAAACGAUCCUGUACUGCGACUUCUUCUAUCUUUACAUUACAAAGGUUCUUAAGGGCAAGAAACUUCAGCUGCCGGCGUAAGUGCAUUUGUUCAGCAGCAGUAGCAACAGUGAUGCAAUGGAUGAGGAAUAAACAAGAGCUAUUCCUGUGUGCGGAUGUACCAUUAGCCACGACGUGAAACAAUACAUUUACAGUUUAACUUUGCACCCAGGCCAUCAUUGCAUUACGGUCAGGAUGAAUAAAAGAGAUAGAAAAAGAGGAACCGUUGCGCCAGUGAAUUUAGCUGUGGUGAUCAAACGAUCACCACUUUUCAUACAAAUGAACAGACUAAACUAUUGGUCCACUUAAGGACAGUUCAAAUAACAGCGCGACUUUAACUUUAGUUUUACAUCUCUACUAACCAUUCUUACGUUUUCCGUUAAGUAGCUAUUCUCGCGCUACACACUCUUCCUGCUACUUGUGUAAUUGUGUAUUUCUAGGCUUAGAUGAAGAAAUGUUAAGACGCAGAGGAAGAAAUAUUGCUACAGAUUGCAUAUGAUGUGUAGGGAGAGAGAAAAAGAACCCUUAUCAUACUAUUUCGCACAGUUAGCAUGCAAGAGAUACAUUCAAUAAAUAUCGGAAAGCUGAAAACAAUUGAAA